UUUUUGAUUUAUUUACUUUUUUUUUCAAUUUAAACUUGUACUCUGUAUUUUUUGAUUGAUUGUAUCUUUGGUUGUUUUUAAAAACAAGCCAUUUGUAGAAUCUUUGCUCUCACUGUCGCGUACGAUCGCUCCUGCCACUAUACAAGCUCAGGGCGACGAAAAUGGAGGUUUUACCGACGAUCAUGGUAACCAACGACGAUGGUAUCGACGCCCCUGGCUUGCGAGCAUUAGUGCGCGUCCUCGUCUCCACCAAUCUUUACCAUGUUCGAGUUUGUGCACCUGAUUCGGAAAAAUCAGCUGUUAGCCAUGGGAUCACUUGGCGUCAUCCUAUUGCUGCCAAGAAAGUGGAGAUUGAGGGUGCCACAGCUUUUGCAGUUGCAGGCACGCCAGCAGAUUGUUCUUCUUUGGGAAUCUCAGAUGCUCUGUUUCCAUCAGUUCCGGAUCUGGUACUUAGUGGCAUAAAUAUGGGAAGUAACUGUGGUUAUCAUAUUGUUUACUCUGGGACUGUAGCCGGGGCUCGAGAAGCAUUCUUCAACAAUAUACCAGCAAUAUCUCUGUCAUAUGAUUGGGUUGGAGGUGUGAGCAAUAUUGAUGACUAUGCUUUAGCUGCUGAAGCAUGUCUACCCAUCAUAAAUGCAGUGCUAGCUGAGAUUAAAAAUAAAGCCUAUCCACAAAGAUGCUUUUUAAAUAUAGACCUGCCAACAAAUAUUCGGAGUCACAAGGGUUACAGAUUGACAACCCAAGGUAAAAGUAUCUUCAAAAUGGGAUGGAAGCAAAUUACAUCCACUGCCCAAGGAAAAAUGUUGUCAACAAUGGAAAUGGAUAUGGACUCAUCAGAGUCACUGGAUGUCAAGUCAUCAACAGUGUCUCAAGGCCAACAAUUUUUUAGGAGAGUGGCAAUAGAACACUCAAUUCAAGAUACUGAUAUUGAUAUCCGAUCUCUCCAAGAAGGAUAUAUAUCAGUUACCCCUCUGGGUGGAAUCUCGCCUGCUGAGGCAGAUUGUCAGGAGUACUUCAGAGGUUGGCUUCCUGGUGUCAUGGAGCGCGCUUUUUCAGCCUCAGCCUUGUGAUUAGGGAGUUCCAUAUAACUUCUCAAAUGCUAUUCAUCCAUUAAUUUCAUAAAUAUUGUUUACUCCAAUUUAUAUCGAGUGAUAUAUUAUCUUGUUGAAAUCUUGACUUUGACAGUAGAUUGCUCUUAAGCUGUAUGAGUAUAUGAUAGUGUCAGUGUCUAAUAAUGUUUUCAUCAUGUAAUUUACCGUCAGAGUCAAAACCUCCAAAAAUUUAAUCAUCACUUGAUAAAAUCGGGAGUAUGAAUUAAAAAU